GAUAUUUCUUCUAUUGACAUGAAUGAGGCCACGAUUUCCGACAAGUGACGGGCAAGACUGUGCAAGAAUGCGAUGAGAAUCCCCAUUUGUCAAUGUUUUGACCGAUUGACCCUCAGUAACAACAAACGGAAUUGAGACGUAAUCUUUAUUUUUGCCGGUGGAAGUGAUUUGGUCCGUGGCAGCGCCAUGACGAGCACGUCGACGCUCGCCACUGAUGCCACCCAGAUGCUGGCUGCAGCCCUGGAACAGAUGGAUGACAUUAUCGCUGGCACGAGGUACCAGUCCUCGGAGACGUCCAGCCUGCACAAUGGCACCAUGGACUCCCACAACGCCAACUUUGCCUCCUCGCUGUCUGUCAACCACUUCGGCAUCGCCCAGCUGGCGGACGAGCUGAAACACUCCGUGGAGUUGGCCAAGGACCAAGGGGAGGCAGGGAUCUCGCGGGAGGGCGUGCCGGAGAACACGCGGCGGGUGCUCGUACAAUGGCUGCAGGGCAACUCAGUACAGGUGAAUGGACAACCCCCGGUAUCCCCGGACCAGGUCCAGCGUCUGGAGAGCGACAAAGAGUCCCUCCUGCUGCAGAUCAGCGUCCUGAAUGACCAGGUGGAGGCUCAAUCUGAGGCCAUCCAGGAAAUGGAAAGGGGACUGGUGGAGGAGACAAGCAAGCUGGCCAAAGCGGAAGCCAUGCUGCAAGAGGAGAUGACGGCGAGAGCGGAACUAGAAGCUGCCAAGCUGAACCAGAUGACAGACCUGUCCAAUCUGAGGAUUCGGCUGAGCUCGGCAGACAACGAUCUCAGUAGCUACAAGGACAGGGCUUUGAAAGCAGAGAGCCUGUUUGAAGAGAAGCAAAUGGAGUCUUCGGAGUUGUCUUUGAAAUAUCAACAGAGCCAGAGCAAAAUUUCCGAGUUGCAGGCAGAAUCCAACAGCUGGCAGGAGAAAUACAUGCAGGGACAGGCCGAGAAUGAGCGACUCUACAUGUCUAAGACCAAGGAAUCAGACUAUGCCAUUGAGAUUGAGAAGCUGAAGAGAGCUGUGGAGUCCCUCCUGGCUGCAAACCAUGAGAAGGACAGAAAGAUUGACGAUUUAAAGAAGAGCAUCGCUCGGCACCAGAAGGUGCAGGAACUCAUGAUGGGCGCCCAGGGACGAAAACUUGACGUCAACUCAUUGGAGGACGAGGCGAUUCGAUCCGACAGCUUCUCCACGAGUAGCUCCGUGGGUCUGGCUGAUACGGAAGAAAGCCCCAGCAUCAAAGAUAGACAACCGGAGACUCCUACUGAUUCAGUGAGCGCUUCAACCACCCCCGAAGUUGAAGUCGCCCUCAGAGUGGACUCGCCUGUCACCACACCGACGGAUGGGAGUGCUGACGCUGGCAGGAGCGAACCAUUAUCGCAGCGGGGGCCGUCGGAUGACAGGAAGAAUUUCCAGAAGAGGAAGUCGGCGAGCUUGGAGGAUAUCAAACCAGGAGCGUUGGCUUUUACGAACGAUUCCGAUUCGGCAGUCCACCAGCAGGGCUACAGCACCCUCCCCUCCCCCCGCAACAAGACCCGGGAGUUCCAGUUCGCCCAGCCGGCCGCCCCUCCCCCGAUCAACGCCCAGCCACCCACCCACGCUGCCACCCUACAAGGUAGCCCAGACACUAGGCAAGGCCGUAAGGACCGGUCCGGGUCCUUCGGUCGGGGGCUGUUUAAAGUCCGGGGCUCUAAGAAGACCUCCAGCGCACCUAACUUGGCUUCCACAGAAUCGGACGGAGAGGACAUCGUCCGACGGAACAGGAAGGUGAACUUUGCCGACUGCCCAUCGCACUUAACCCCGCCCACCGAGAGGAGGAAAAAGAAAGUGGGCAUCAAGAAACUGUUUGGAAAGUUGAAGAGAAGCAACUCUGCAUCCUUAACCUUUGAGGAGGAUGAUGACGAUGCGCCAGUGGAGUUCCGUCGUGGUGGGCGUUUCAGGGCGACGGCUGGUCCGAGACUUGGCUUGCCUGGGCUUCGUGUAAAUAGAGAUAUCGACGCCCCUUUCGCCAAGUGGGAGGGUGACCAGGUAGCGGCCUGGUUGCAUGAGAUGGGAUUGAGCCAGUACAUGUCCAUGUGUCGCGUCUGGGUCAAGAACGGAGCCACGCUCCUCAAAGCAUCGCCCCUGGACCUUGAGAGGGAAUUGGGAGUCAAGAACGUCCUCCAUCGCAAGAAGCUCCAGUUAGCCAUUCAGGCCAUGGGCUCGGAAGAAGAGGACCGAUUCAGCACGCUGGACUACCACUGGGUGACCAGAUGGCUGGACGACGUGGGUCUACCUCAGUACAAGGAUGCCUUCAAUGAAGCCAGGAUUGAUGGGAGAAUGCUGCACUACCUGACUGUGGAUGACCUUCUUUUGAUGCGGGUUACUAGCGGCAUGCACCAUGUCAGUAUUAUGCGGGGAAUCCAGUGCCUAAGGCUGUACAACUUCCAGCCCAAUUGCCUCCGACGUCGACCGACAGACGAAAAUUGGUUUACUGAGGUUAAAACAAUGCCCCCUUGGAGUUCAGAAUUGCCUUACGAAGCAGGACGUGAGGUCCUGCUAUGGACAAACCACAGGGUCAUGGAAUGGUUACGGACGGUGGACCUGUCAGAGUACGCGCCAAACCUCAGGGGCAGUGGCAUCCACGGAGCCCUUAUGGUCUUGGAGCCCCGUUUCACCGCAGAGACCCUAGCCACCACCCUCUGCAUCCCUAAUGCCAAGUCCCUCCUCAGGAGACACCUCAGCACUCACUUUGUCUCUCUGGUGGGCAGUGAGAUCCAAGCACAGAAACGAGAAACGGAAAAAGCGUCCAACUAUGUACCACUCAGCGCACUCUCCAAAGUCAAGCCGAAAAAGCGCCCCUUUGGUGGUCGCCCAAAGAAAAAGGGCAUGGAAGAGGACGACUAUGUGUGCCCCAUGAACAUUGAGGUACCCCCAGGGCUGCAGGGGUUGAGGGAAGGGGUACAGAAUGGGACCAAAAUGCCCCCUAGCUACCGGGUGGAGGUACGGAGCGCCGGGAAGGUUCACAAGCAGGAAGAUGAGACCAGUGCGAGUUCCCCUGACUCGGCUGAUGGGACCCCACCCAGUCAGAUCGGAGUCUACUCGGAAGAAAUUAAUACCCUCACGAACAUGUUGAAUGAUGACCCAGCUGAAAAUGGCGGCACUACUGUAUGAACAACGCAUCAGGGAACAAAAGUAACAGAAUUUCAACAGGACUCUACAAACUUGGGCUUCCAAAACUAAAACACGGGCAUUUGUACAUCGGCGAUAUUCGCGCAGAUUCGGCGAUUAAUUAUGCAAAACAGGACUGUGUCUCGACCUUCAGAUUCAUUUAGCGAGCACCUUUUAUUGGGUCUUCGGUAACCCGUUGUUGUUUUUCAAAACCAUGACAGACUAAUUGACCAGUCAACACCUAGUCCUCAUUUCUGAUCGAAAU